AUGGUUAUCGAUUAUGCCAACAAGUCGGAGGUUUCACAUUUGUUAAAAAGAGUGGCAAGUGAUGGCCUAGUGACUUUGAGAAAUAAACAUUUCGUAACGUACACUGAAAUGCUGCAUUUGUUAGAAGCCGCUUUAGCAUUUAAAUUAUCUGGAAACGUUGGAAAGGCGGCUAAGCUUUUGGAUCGUGCUACGUCAGUUGCCCUACAAAGUCCUGAUGUAUUAAACCGGUAUGGGGAAUUUAUCGAACAUGUGCACAAUGAUAUUGUCGCGGCAGAUCUAUUGUAUUAUAAAGCAUUAACGUACUGUCCAAAUCAUAAAGGUGCAUUGGAUAAUCGAAAGCGAAGUGCCCCUAUAGUUGAAAAAUUGGAUUUAGAGAUGUUGGCGUUAAUUGACAAAAAACGAAAUCUUUUACAGGAACGGCAAAAAACUAGCGCCGUUUACAGUGCUAUGAAAAGGAAAAUGUAUUAUUUACAGAUUUACCACACCGUUGGACUUGAAGGGAAUACUUUAACACUGGACCAAAUAGUCUCCUUGUUAGAAACCGGACUGGCUGUCCAAGGAAAAAGUUUGAUAGAGCACAAUGAGAUUUUGGGUGUUGAGUUGGCAAUGAACUAUGUCAAAUUAUUGAUUAGGUAUCCCACAAUUAGUACCAAAGAAAUACAGGCAGUACACAGUCGAGUUCUGGGUCAUGUCGAUCCUGUAUCUGCUGGGAAAUUACGACGAGAGCAGGUCUUUGUUGGAAGUCACGUUCCUCCAGAACCAGAAGAUGUACCUUUCCUACUUGAGGGUUACGCAUACUGGUUAAAUUCAGAUGCGGCCCACAGUUUACAUCCAGUUAAGUAUGCAGCGUUGGCACAUUACAAAUUAGUAGACAUUCAUCCAUUCAUGGAUGGUAAUGGUCGCAUAAGUAGGUUAAUUAUGAAUUUGGUGUUGUUGCGAACUGGAUAUCCACCAAUAUUGAUAUUUAAAUAUCAAAGAGACAAGUACUAUCAAAGCUUAAACUUAGCGGAUAGAGGUGAUGUAUGUCUAUUUGUACGGUUUAUUGCGGAAUGUAUGAAGAGUAGUUUAGAGUUAUACCUUUCCAAUGUUGAAUAUAUGGCUGGCAUAACGCAUCUUGUGUAA